AAAUGCAUUAAUUAUUUUUGUCUCAUUCUGUUAAACAUUCUUCAAUCGUCUUUUGUUUCUCUGAGAUUUGAAACAAGGGUUUUAGAUCCAGGAGUAAAAACCCAGACAUUGCUCAUCCCAAUGACACCCUACAACACACAAUAUUCUCAAAAAUUCUGCUUCAUCUGUGGUUUGUGACAUUUAGCUGGUAUGAAAAUGAACUCUAAACAAUAUUUCUCAAAAAAGAGCGGAGCAGAUUUGCAUGUUUACCCUUCUGCCGUUGCAUUAAUAUCAUUUAAACAUUUACGAUUCUGGAAGAAUUUCAGGGCCCAACAUCAAAGCUUAUUAAAAUCCUUGGAGAUCUCACACGAGCUGCAGCGCCAUGGCCUGUCCAUGCAUCACACAUGAAAGUUUAAACAUCUUAAGAGAGCUUCUCCCAGCCUGGGAGAAGCUGUGCAGAGUUUUCAGUCUGCUGUACGCUCAAAUGCUCCUGCAGUCCGGACUGAGCAGAGCCACUCGACAACACAAGGUCAGGUGACAUUAUGCCGUCUCUCUGUAACAGAUGUUUGUUUGUUUUUAUAAGUGUUAGUGAUGAUGAUAAUCAUUUGUCCAGAAUAUUCUUUUAAGAAAUGCUAUCAGUCUCUGCCACUAUUUCAGUAGAAAUGACUGCUUAACCAGCUUUACAUUUUGUAUUCUGUAUUUUAUUUAUUUUGGUGCAUAAAUGACAUUCAUUUAUGACACCUGUGUUCUGGUCUGCAGGUGCUCUGAACAGGAAGGAGUCUUGACAGCAGCAGGUGCUUCGUCAUGGUGUACGGCAAAGUCCUUCACCAGGCUGAUGGCUGCUUCAUUAACAUCAAUGUUGGAGGAUUCAGGCAGCGCAUGGCUCACUCUGUCCUGAGGAGAUGGCCACAGACCCGCCUCGCCCGCCUCCUGCACUGCGCCUCCAGAGCAGCCAUUUUGGAGCUCUGUGACGACUUCUCUUCCUCUGAAAAUGAGUUCUACUUUGACCGCAACCCAAUUUUUUUCUGCUCCAUUCAUAACUUCUACCUCACAGGGAAGCUCCAUCUGGUUGACGGGUUGUGCAUGGUCUCAUUUUUCCAGGAGCUGGAGUACUGGGGAAUCAAGGAGCACCACCUGGAUUUGUGUUGCAGCAACAGAUUUCAGGAGCUGAUGCAGAAGAUAUGUUUGGAUCAGGGGGAUGAUGAUCAGCACCGCCAAAGCUCAGGCUCCUCAGCUGAGAAUCUUCCAGCUUUUGAGGACGAGCUGGAAGAGUUUGAAGGCUCCUGGUGUGCAAAUGUUCGCAGGAAUAUCUGGAUUCGACUUGAGAAUCCCAGUUACUCCACCUCAGCCAAAGUGAUGGCUGUGGUGUCUGUGAGUGCUGUGGUUGUUUCCAUUGUUUCCAUGUGCUUGAACAGCAUGCCGGGCUUUCAUCAGGUGGACUCUGGUGAAAAACGCAUAGAAAACCCACUGCUAGUCCUGCUGGAAACCAUCUGCAUCCUUCUGUUCUCUGCAGAGUUUAUUCUUCGUUUGGUUGUUGCUCCUUCAGCCAAGAAGUUCUUGAGCAGCACUCUGAGCAUCAUCGACUUUUUGUCCAUCUUCCCCUUCUAUGUGACUUUGAUCUGUGAUGGCACAAAGAAAGACGGGAAUAAAGAGCUGGAGAACGUUGGCAAAGUGGUACAAAUCUUGAGGCUGACCCGAGUGUUUCGUGUUUUGAAGUUGGCCCGUCACUCAGCUGGACUCCGCUCUCUCUGCUCCACACUGAGGCACAGCUCAAGGGAGAUGGGACAGCUGCUGCUCUUCUUAUCUUUGGGGGUUUCUCUGUUUUCUGCUCUUAUUUACUUCGUAGAGAGAGAGUCCAAGGAGUCACAACUGCAGACCAUCCCUGUUGGCUGGUGGUGGGCCACCAUCAGCAUGACCACUGUGGGUUACGGUGAUACAAUCCCAGUUACUGUAGCUGGGAGGCUGAUAGGAACCCUGUGCAUCGUCUGUGGGCUGCUUAUUGUUGCUCUUCCUAUAACUAACAUCUUCAACAAGUUUUCCAAGCUUCAUCAGAGGCAGAGAUGAUAUAGCUUGAGGUAGAACACCUUGAAUAAAUAAAUUCACAUAAAUAUUUAUUAGAAUUUUAGAACAUUAGUUCACACAAUUCUUUAAGUUGUUAAAAACCAAAAAAAAAAAAAAUCCCAACUUCACUGUUGGAGCAAGUGUACUGAUCUGUAUCCAAAUCUGUUUCAGUGGCAGCUGAGAGCAUUUAGUGCAGCUGUCAGUACUUAGUCUGAGGUUUCAGCUCAGAUAAAUAUUUAAAUCAGCACUUAGAGACAUCUAGUUCAUCCUCCUGUGACACGUCUUCACACUUUAAAUCACAUGGUGCCUCACUUUGAUUUUAUUUCACUGCUUUUCUGCAUGAAAGUCACAGUCGGCAGGAUAGCAGCCAUCUCAGAAUCGAGAAGGUUCUAAUACAGACGUUCUGCCUGUACAAAAGCUGAUUACAUUAAUCCUUUCUGGCUGAAGAAUACAUGCAGUUCAAAUAAAAACAACAAAGAGCACAUCCACCAGUAGAUAUAUAUGUAAAAAGAGCUGUAAAAGGAUCAACUUUGCAAAAUUGCAAUUUUAUGAAACUAGUUAAAGAUGUAAAAAGAAUGGCAUCCUCAGAGAGAGAUACUGCCUUCCUUUUCACAGAUGAUACUCCACUUUCCUCCAGAGUCUAAGCCACUUAUGAUAGGAUUUUCUUUCAUGACAAAUAAACAAAUGCAAAUAUAUGUAAUUAUUCAGUUAUGUGUGAUGUGACGACCCCUGUCAGGCCAUAAUAAACAUUUAGGUUGUAGUUUCCCCAGGUCAGGGGUCAUCGAACGUUCAAUCUAAAAAGAUGUUUUUGCCUUUAUUACAUAUUUAGAGCCAUUAAACCUAUGUACUGUGUAAAUUGUGUUUCAGACUUAAAUUAAAGAGCUACAAAUGUAUAUUUAAUCUUAGGUUUUAGAACAAACAAAAAUGUCAAAAUACUUUAAAUUCACCUUAUAAUGGAGUAGGUGGUGUGUGCAUUUCAUGAUAGUUCGAUGGAAGUUUUGGAAGGUUUUCUGUCCGUUCUUGGAACGCAGAGUCUCUGGAAAGGAAUCUGUAAGUUGUGGGGGGAAAAAAACAAGUAAGUCCUGGAACUAUUGUGAAGGUAUAAAUGGUACAGUCAAAUUCAAGAAUCCAAUUGUAAAAGUUUGGACUGACUACCUGAUGCAAUAGGACCACGCCCAAAAACUCAACUUUUUAAAUUCCAUCAGAAUCGGAAUACCUUAAUUGUCGUGGUUGAUCUGGGUUUCUGUUUACAAAGUAGCAUUAAAUCCCAGCUAACGUCAUGAAACUGUCUGAAACAACCUUAAUAGUCUCACUAAUGUCACACCAAGCUCUCUUCAAUUCUGUAUAAUAGAAAAUUUCUUUUGUGUUGCAGGUGAAAGAUUUUCUGAAUCAUAGUGAAAACAAACAUUAUAGGCGUGCAUGUCUGAGAAAUGGUGCAGCGCAGUGAUCCUGUAGUUCAGGUUGUUAUUAAAGCCAAGCCUUCUUCUUUGUGUUGUAAUUCCACAACAGUUCCACUUGAGGGCAGCAAACGCUAAGAUGUUUACCAUUGCACCCAGAAGGAGAAGCCUCAGCCUUUUUACUAAAAUUCUUAUUAGCAGGAAACAGAAACACAAAAGAAAGUUGAACCCUUUUGACAAAAAUCUUGUAUCGAAAAUGAUCCUGCUCUCUCAUAGGUGGUUCAUUUUUAUCCAAACGUUUAGUCUAAAUAACCAGAAAAUAAUCAGAAAUAGAAAGUCAGAAAGAAUCCAUGAUUAGAAGAACAUAUUGUGGCUAUUUUUUCUGAAAAUCCAAACUUACAUUCCCUUGUAAAAUUUUAAACAUGCUUAGUUGUCAUCAUUGAAUUUAUAAAACUUCAAAAACUCAUCUUUAUGCCAGAAAUAACAUGAUAAAAGUGAUCCAUGAUCCGAACUAGAUAACCUAUUGUGGCUAUUUUACUAAAAAUCCAAACUUAAAUUCAGUUCUAAAAUUUAAA